CCCAUUGUUGGAACCUGCAGCUGCAGUCUAGCUGGGUAAAAGCCUGCAGUUGGAAUCUGCAACCUGAUUCCUGCAGUCAGUUCAGCAGGAAAUAACCAGCAGUCAGAGGCUGCAAGGGAAACCUACAGUAGGAGCUUGCUGCAGCCAGAGGCAGGGAAUAGUUGGAGUCAGGAUGGCAAAGCUGUGAAGAGGAACAAACCAGGACCCUUUUUAUGUUGUAUUUAGCAAGAAGUCUGUGCCUUGGCUCAUUUUUACCCUCUAAUAAGAGGGCUGUUGCAACAGCAAGAUCUUUUGAAGAUGCAGUAUCAAAUUUAUGGAAAGCUCAAGGCCCUAGCUUAGAAACACAGAUGGUGGAUGAUGAAACUGAGACUACAAGUGAAGAAUUGCCUCCUCAUCUGCGGGAAGAGCCUCCCGAAGAUGCCAGCAAGGACCACCCACAGGAGCAGGCAGGAGUCAUCUGGAGAGUGACGGGCGGCCUGUUCAGUAUCACCCGGGGAGCUGUGGGGGCCACUCUGGGAGGAGUGGCGUGGGUGGGCAGCAAGAGUCUGGAGCUCACCAAAACAGCUGUGACCAGUGUCCCCGCUGCUGGCGUUGGACUGGUGAAGGGCAGCGUCUCAGCAGUGACCGGCGGCGUUGGAGCUGUGGGCAGUGCGGUCGCCAGCAAAGUCCCUUUCACUGCAAAGAAGAAGGACAAGGCUGACUAAUCCCUGUCACAGCUCCCUUCCAAAAGAUCAACCUGCCCAUACUCUGCCCCUACCCAGCACCUCUUUGAGUUGGAACCAGCUGCUUCAGGGAGGGUCAAGCACCCGAGCAGACUCUGGCUGCAGCCUGCUCAGCACUGCCUGCCUGGCUCAGAGCUCACAGAGCCACUGUCAAUGCCUUUCACUCCCAUCACCUUCUGGGAACCAUCUCUGCUCUGAGGACUUUAAAGGCGCAGUUGUCUCUGUCUUGUAGUUCCUUCCUCCCCUCUUGCUCUUGUAAGCAUGGAGGGAUGGGAGAGGGCAUCAGGCUCCAUCUGCCUGGAGGUGAGGGGAGUAACAGGGGGGGAACUAUGCCUGACUUAAAGUGUUGAGUCAAAUUCAACUUUAGCUUGGGAAGACAGCCUCUGAAACACCCCUUCCGUUUGGGAGGUGUGUUUGGGAGGUGUGCCUGGCAGAGAACUGCAGAAGUCCCACUGACAAAAAGGAGAGAUACUGUGAAGAGGGGGAAGCCUCUCUCCUGCCCUGCACCUCUUACCUUUUCUUUGCAGGGCCCAUCCCCACGAGCCGCUCCCAGUCACUUACUCCCCAGCUGAAUUGAACCCUUCAGAGAGGGAAUCCUCAAGCUCAGCAGAGCAGCUCUGGGGUGAUACCACACCAGAGUAUGAUAGAUCCCAGACCAUCAAGUUCUGAACAGAUUUUCUUGGUGAGAGGAAGGAAUAUGAAAGCUGCUGUAUGUUCCCAUUUGGGGAAGGAGCUGACAGUGGCACUUGCUAGGCCUCUGUGAUAUUGCAGUACAGGGAGCGAUGUUCCACAGAGAGAGACCAGGCCUUUUGUUUGACCCUUGAAGUCCUUCCAGUAUCCUUGUCUUUAACAAGGGCCUUUUGUCUCUUGGCCACACUCACACUCCACAGAUGUCAGUAGUAACCAAGAGCAAGUGUGUUCCCAAAUGCCACCCAAAUUCUGCUGCAGGGAUGGAGAGGAAGCUGAAUGUGUUGCUCUCCCCACGACUCAGCAUCCUGGGAGCAGUGGCCUGGGUGUGAGUGGUGAGUGGGCUGCACCAUGUCGGAGAACACUUCCCAAGGGGCUGAGUGUGCUCCAACAGCAGUAAGCCUGCGCAGGGCACCAGCAACUCCUCUUCCGCACACUGCUCCUGCGGUCCAGCCUAUUCCUCUGAAUGACCACGUUGCACUAAAUAGCCCACCCAUAGUCGUAGUGCCGCAGAAACCCAGACACCUGCAUCCAUCUGGGAGUCACAGCCAUCCUCAGCCUGGCCCGUGAUGCUCAAGGGGCCGUAUGGCAUUGUACACACACAUACAAAUGUGCACUCACUCACUCCCUCCCUCCAAGGUCCCCUGUAGUUCUCGGGAGGAGGAAAGCUACAGGCUCCACCAUAAACUCUGCUGCUCCUAGCUUUGGCAGGUGAUUUGCUAUGGUCUGUAGGUGUUGGAUGCAUAGGCAAGUGAAGCAGUGCUUGUGCUGUAUUUUAUAAAUAUGCAUCUGUGUUAGCGUGCGUGUGUACGUGUAAGUCCACAGGCAUGUCUUCAGCCAGGGAAAGAGACCUGUGCCACUGCCACAGAGGAGUUCACAUGGUCAUCUUUGGCACUUUCAGCAUAUAGUUUUUAUAAAGGGUCCUGGUCAAAAGAAAACCAUGUUUUAGAGGAUGUUUUGCCCUCUGUUGCGCAAGAGCGUAGUGUAUUGAAACCAAAGGAAUGUGAAAAAUCCCCUUUCUCCUGUCUGUUCUGUUUGUUUUCACUCAGCCCUAUCUUUUGGACGUUGAAGCCAACUUUCUUGAUCUUCAUUUCCCUUUGGAGGUUACUGCACUUCCUGACAGCUCUCUUGUGCUUAGGACUUAGAAAACGACACACACACACCCCCGCCAUCAUUUUUGCUGAAUGUUCUUGGGCCUGUGAUAUAGUUUUCAUUCUGACCUUUAUUAAAUCUGCAUUUUGGGAUGUAUGUUGCUGUGUCCCCCUGAGAAUCAUGCUGGUGUUAGUCACUCUCCAUACCCUUUGCCAGGUAGCCCCUGCUGUUUGCGGUGGUAAGAAGCUGCUGAUCUCCGCAGUUUGCUACUCUUGAUAGCACGAGAGAGGUUUGACUUACGUUUUUGUUUCUGAAGAGGAAGCAGCAUUUGGUAGGUGUGUGCAUUUCCUCACUUUGUGUCCUUUGUUCUGGUGAAGGCCAAGUUGACCCAGACAUACCGGUUUUGUCUCUGAAGGCAGCAGCUUCACAGAAAGAUCAGGCCUUGAUGUGUGCCUCUACUUUGCUGGGAUGCUCGUGGCAGUUGUCAAGGCCAGAAGAAGUCUUGUCUGUUCUCCCUUUGUCUCAAACGCCCUGCAAGGCUGGAGGACAGUUCGCACUGCAUGGAUCUCUGCUCACUGCUCUCCCUGAGCACAUCUCAUCUCUUAUUCCAGAUCACAGACUGCCCCUGAAGCGAGCUCUAGCCCCAAAGCUGAAAGAUGCUUGUGUGUAAGUAGCUGUGUUGUCACGAUCCCUCUGAGAAAGAUAGCUUCUGGCCAGUUGGGACAGAAGAGUCUUCUUCCUAAAUGUCUCUCCUAGGUCUUAGACAGGAGAAGAUAGAAUCUCAGAACCUUCAGCAGCCAGCCCUGGGUGGGUGGUGGGGGGCUGAUUAUGCUUUUGGCUAAAUAGUGUCUCAGACAGGCUCUUGCUGGGGGAGGCAGUACAUCCUGCCUGCCUGCAGGCACUGUAUACAGAGCAGGCAUGGCAAAUGGGAUAAAGGUGAUGUAAGGAAGGCCACAGGUGCCUUGAGAGUUUUCCAUCUUUUUAUUUCUUCUUUGCAUCCUUGCAGGAAGUAGAGUAAAGCCCACAAUUUGUCUGGAACUGCCAUUUCCUUGCAGGAUGGCCUGGAGAAGACAAAAUGAGUUGGUGAGGGGAACUCAUAGCCUAAAUCGUUGUUCUUACAGCCCAGCUAAAAGAGAGCUCCGGGACCAUGAGUCAUAAGAGAUCAAACUAGCAGGCAGGGGUAGAAGAUUAAAUCUACUCCAAAAACAAGGCCUCACACUGCUAAGCAGGCACUCAGGAAUAAGUAACUCUCCAGAACAAAAAGGCUUUAAGAAAGUCUCUGCUAGGCCUGCUCAGUUCACGAUGGUGACCCAGUCCCAGCCUGCUUUUCUGGGCAUUUACAGUGCCAGAGCAGAGGGAAAACAGGGUCAGUCUCCCCAGUCUAAAAGUAAAGAUGCCUUCUGACAGCUUUGGUUGCAGGACAAUGGGAUCUGGAUUGGAUGGGGAAGCUGUUGGCUGUUGUCAGAUGCCCUAUCUUUCCUCCUCCCCCACUACAGAGACUCCAGCCACCUGGGCCACCAGUGCAGCCCUGCUCUCACUGCCCAUUCAUGGUACGAAGGGCAAAAACUGUGUUGUGCAUAAAUCCCGUGGCUGCCAGAUGGGGUAGCUUGGUACGAAACAGGAGGGGGUAGCAUUGGGGUAGAGGGAAGGAUUAAAGGGAGUUGGUACACAGAAGAUGGGAGUGCGGUGUGACAGGAGGAGUUGAGGAGUGAGGGAACAAGAAAAUAGUGACCAUGGAAAGAAUUUGUUUCUUAGGACAGGCUUUGAUUCAGAAGAUGAAUGCAAUGGUGUUUCUCCUAAGAAAGAGCACAGAAAGGGGAGUUGGUCAAUGUGGGUUUUGGUGUGUGGUGGUUCUACAUGCCUGGCUUGUGCCCUGGUUCCAUAGUAAUGAUGAUUGCUAGCAAUUUCCAUUUAGAUAGAACAAUGGAUGGGCAGAUGAGCUCCCUUCUUAUCACCCACCCUUCCCAGAUCUCCCCAUGAUUGGCCUGGGUCUCCCCCAUGGUGGAGGUGGGAUGUAGCCCUGUUCACAGCCCUGUGUCCCACCUUGCCUGGCAGUUUGCCUGUGCCCCACAAGCAUGUCCUGGCCAAAAGGAGACCCACAGGUGGAUCCUCUCCUCCCUUUUCCCUGACUUUAGUUUCAUUAUCCUCCACUUUUUUAUCCCUCCUUUAGCUUUUUGGUCUUGCCCGUGGAUAGAGCUCCUCAAAGCUUUUGCUGAGACCUUCAUUCAACAUCCACACUUGCAGUGUCUGGGAGGGCAGAGGGCGAUUGCCCCCGCAGCUCCCCUGGCUGGGAGAGAAGUGCAUGUCUUCCACCCCUCUCUGUCCCCUUGUGUUUUGUGUGUGGAAAAUCUUAACCCACUUCUUUUUCUCUGGGUUCCCUUGUUGGCUCCUAUCCCUGUGGGUGGGUCAUUUCCGUGUCUCCAUUGCAGUCAUCCUUGUAAAAACAACAGCAUGAGUGGGAAUAUGGAGAUGGUUAGAGCCGCAGAGCCAGGGCCCAACUCUGCUUCUGUAGGAGCUGAGGAGGCCUUUGGCAGCCCAAAACUGCGGUCCCGUGCACAGUGCUGGGCUCCAGAGAACACUUUUGUUCUUUAUCAUUUUAUUGUCUGUAAUUGGUUUCCUACUGAAUUUGUUUGCUUGGUUUGUUUUGCAGUGUGUUUCUGGGAAUAUUCUGCAUCUCUGUAUUUUAAUUACAGUAAAAUUUGAGGAUAAAA